CGAACGGGCAGGCACCUCGUAGCGCUAGAUUCAGGGCACAUGGGAUCAUCCGGGCCCGUCUCGAGAUGAACGGUGAUUUCGGGUACGUUUACAUGAAUGGGGACAUCGGGAAGCUGCCACCAGGGGCGGUCUACCCAGCCACCCCUGAACCUCUGGGUCCACAGGUUGCGGGCGCAAUUGGUGGUGGUGUGCCUAAUAUAGACUACGGAGUCAUGAACGGUGCGCCGAGCGGCAGUGAAUUGAUACUUGACGCUGGUGUCGGCAGUCUGGAACCAUCGCCCCAACACGCUAUAAGCAUGCACGGAGGUGCCGUCGGUUACAGCCCAGUAGACGUCGCCGCAUUGGGCGACGCCUCCGCCGCCCCGCCGUCUGUGCCGAUGACAGAUCUAAAUGUCCCCGGCAUACCUCUGGAGACGCUUAAACAGAUGCUCUCUACACAACUUGAGUACUACUUCUCCAGAGAGAAUUUAGCCAACGAUACCUAUUUGUUGUCGCAAAUGGAUAACGAUCAAUAUGUGCCGAUAUGGACGGUAGCGAAUUUUAAUCAAGUGAAAAAACUGACGAAAGAUAUUAAACUCAUAACGGAGGUCCUGAAGGAGUCUCCCAAUGUUCAAGUUGAUGAGGAGGGGCAGAAAGUGAGGCCCAAUCAUAAACGAUGUAUCGUGAUACUUCGCGAGAUACCAGAUAGCACUCCGCUGGAAGACGUGAAGAAUUUAUUUUCUGGGGAGGGAUGCCCGAGAAUUAUUUCCUGCGAGUUUGCUCACAAUAGUUCGUGGUACGUGACAUUCGAGUCCGACGAGGAUGCUCAAAAGGCCUACCGGUUUUUACGCGAGGAGGUUCGAGAAUUUCAGGGAAAGCCGAUAAUGGCGAGAAUCAAAGCUAAACCAAUGAACAGGCUACCGAUACACACUGUGGCCGGUGUGAGUGGUAUAAAGAACGGCUACAGAACUCCACCCCCUCCCCCUGUCUAUGAUCCGAGUAGUUACACGACUGGUCAGCAACGGUUUCUCUAUACCAAUGGCACGACCAUGCCUCAGACAACUAUGCCGGCGUAUGCGAACCAGGUUGUUUAUCAACCGUUCUAUCCGGCCAGUAUGAUGCCUUGGGGGCCAACUAGUCCCGCUUAUUUCGAGAUGUCCAAUGUCUUUACGAUGAACGGAAUCACGCCGCACAACACGUUCACGCGUUCGAACACGAGAUACAAUCCUCGACAUAGGAAUAGACAGAGAAACGGCUCCGAUCGAAGCUGCUUAAUAGACCCGGCCAAUCCCAGUAACAACAAUAACAAUCACCACCACCAUCAUCAUCACCAUCACCACCACCACCAUCAGCCGUCGUCUAUGCCACCGCUGAGUAAUCGCAGCUCUCACCCGCCUAUGACCGGCGGUGGUGGUGGUGGAAACAAUAGCGUGUCCUUGAGCUCCUCCACGUCCACUUACCACCACGCUUCGAGUUUACCCCCUACGAAACCGCCUGCCUCCUCGUCCUCAUCUUCCUAUCAGUCCGGCACAAAGUUCCAUUCAUCGUCGUCAGCCGUGUCGUCUGUCGAGCACGCAAAGGGAGCUUCCUCCUCGUUGUCCUCCGCGCAGGACCAGGACGCAACGGCGGCGGUCGAGCCCUCCGCCGCGUCCGCCACUUCGGCGCCUUCGUUCACCCGCCACCGUAUCCAUCGCAGGACCAAAGACCAGGACGCGAAAGUAGCCGCCGGAAACAACCACCCGCUGCCGGCGAUCAAGGAGUCCCUGCCGGCGAGCGGUGGCAGCGGGAGCAACAGCAACUGCGGCGGCGGCCGCAGUAGCGGCGUGCAGUUCGACCUCGAGGCAGCCGCCUUUCCGCCCCUGCCCGGCCUUGACACCGAUCACGGCAAAGCGUCGUCCGACGUGGGCACCGGCGGCAACGCCGGCGCCGUCGGCAUGGAGUCUUCAUCGCAGAAUCGAUUGUCCGACGUCGUCAAGGGUACUGCCAAGCUCAAGGCCGUUGUCAAGGACAAGGAAAGUGGUAACCAGCCGCAACCUCAGCAGCAACAGCAGCAGCAACCUGCCGCAGCGCCUGCGCCAGCAGCGGCGAGCACCGCCAGUAGAUCCGCUAGUCCUGGAGCGAGUACCGGAGCGGAGGCACAGGGUAACGUCGCCGCCGCCGCCGCUGCCGCAUCGAUGAAUUCUGCGAACGCUACGCAUAUCCUUAAUCCGCCGACGGUCAACAACGAGAAUACGUCGUCGGCCGACGCUGCCGCGCUCAGCACCGUCGCGCUCACUCCCCCGUCAUCUCCUGAUAAAUCUAUAAAGACUGACGACUCGAACAUGGUGAACGGUGUGGACGACGCUGUAGUUGCGAAUACGCACCUGCCGGCACUGGCCACGUCGACGAUAACGACGGCUACGACGACGACAACGGCGACGACGGCGACGUCGGCCGCGGCGACCACGGACGAUGCCGAGACGGUGACCAGGUGCGACUGUAACAACGUCGUCGUCGUCCCUCCUCCUACUGCCUCUUCACAGAACUCCCAAUCGCAAACUGGAGUGGCCUCUGCCUUCCCUAUAGAUCUUACGAGGCCAAGCUAUGCCCAAGUAGCGCAACAUUGCCGUGAGCUACCUUGUACAAAACACAAAACAGAUGAGAGAGAUAGAAAUGUUUAAAAGCUGCACGUGACGACGGAAGGAAGAAGACACCAUGAGCGGCGGAUGCAGCUUAGAUAUAACGAAGCAAGAAGCCAAAAUCUAUCGAUUACCACGCGUCAACGGGGUAAUUAAACGAUAAUUAGCUGUGCUAUAUGUGCUAUGACGUCAUCGCCAUCUUCUCGGGGUCGGAUCGGAUCGAGAAUCAGGAUAUCGGAGCUCGCCGCUGCUUUCACCUACCUAUCUACCCCCCCGGUACUCCCUUCUCAAACCGACGCCGUCACGUGCUGCAGGCGUGAGGAAGAGAGAACUUUUUACAUUGUACAGUGACGUCUCGCCUACGAUCAACGAUCGAUCGAUCGACGAAUCGAUCAAGAGAGAGAAAGAGAGAGAGAGAGAGAGAGAGAGAGAGAGAUUGAAUGAGCGAUAGUGUGUGUGUACGUGUGUGUGAAAAUGUGUAAGACUCCGCUGCGCGCUAUUAUAGCGGCGCAUUCGCAGGCGCUACUAUUAUAUACAGGGUGAUCGGAGAGUCCUGCGGGGCAGGUUUGUCGCCGCGGUUUGAUGAUGUUGAUGGUCUUGCCGAUAUAUAUUUGCUUAAUCGGCGCACAGUUGUUUUAUUCGCUUUAAUGCAAUUUGCGGAAUGCAAUGAUUCGAUUGUAGUUUAUUCGCGAUUGGAGGACGUAAAAGAUUUAAAAGUCUUGAGAAAAUUUAUUAAAAAUUCGUUAUAGGAUUUAAGAAUCUGAUGUGCUAAAUAUAACGCGUUAAUUGGACGAGAGGGAACGGCCACGGUUGGCAGAAGCCACGGGAGCGAGUGAGCGCUUAAGUCAAUCUGCUGGCCAAUGAGAAUUAUUAGGUUGGCAAAAAGAGAUCGACAAGAGGAGCGACUGAGGAAAAUCUAAUUGAGAAUCUAAGAUUUCACGCACGUGUAAAUGUUAAUAAACAAAUUGAGGUGUGCGCGGAAUGAAAUCAUUUCACAAUUUUGAUUUCUUAAAGUGUGAUAUAUAUAUAUAUAUAUAUAUACGCUCUUGAGAUCUCGGAUUUUCGAUUUUUUCUUUUUUUUUCUUUUUUUUCCUUUUUUUUUUUCGUUUUUCUCAGCUCCGUGAGCUGCUCUUCGAGCUUUUAUUACCGAUCUUUACUCUUACUUGAGUUUCAAUAUAGACGAUAUAAUACAGUUUUGAGUGUACCUAAUAAUGUUUGAUAAGCUUUAGUUUUAAGACUUUAUUAAUUGGUAAGGAAUCUUAAUUAAUAACAAAUAUAUAUGUAUAGAUCUAAAGAAUUUGUGACUCUAAAAAUUCAAGGAUAUGAGAUGUGUAAAUGAUUGUCUAGAAUAUGCCUCGGAUAAACGCGGGAGUGUGUUAUGACGCACGACGUUUUAAAGAAAGAAAGAAAGAAAGCGGUUUUUCUCUCGACAGCACCAAGCGCCACGGCUGCGCGGCUUCCCGAUCACCCGGUACAUCGCGCAAGAGAAGAGUAUUGUUAUAUCGUUUUUGGUUCUGUGAUUGAGGUAUAUAUUUGUUAGCUUGUAAAAAAAAACGCGUUAAAGAGAUAAGAUUAUAUUAACUCUUUUAAAGGGAGAAACCCCUUCCCCCCGCCCCUCCUUCGCGCGUGCCGGGCCGUAAAUAUUAUUAACCGGGAUGAAAACACACAUGUCUAUUAGAUAUAUAAUUAUAUAUAUUUGUGCCAAAAAACAAAAAAAAAACACAUUGCUUGACGAAAUCUCCCGAAAUGUGCAACGAAGUGGACGCCGAAAUCAGUUGAGAUUCUCGCCAAGUGGAAAGUGCGGGUGUGGAAUCCCUCCCCCCCCCUCCCAUAAGAAAUUCCGCUCUCUUCCACGUUUCUCAUCUUUUACGCAAAAAAAAGUUAAAAAUAACGAGAGGAGAACGAGAGAGAGAGAGAGAGAUUUGUAUUUUGUAAACGGAGGAGGCUACGAGAUGAUGUGUGUACGAGAUUAUGCGUGAUUCAUGCGACGUUAUUGAUGACGAAUAAUUAUGAUGAUGAUGAGGAGGAGGUGAGGGAGGAGGACGGUCGAGAAGCAUACGAAUUCUUGUUUUAUGCGGCUAAAACAAGUGUGCGAGAAACUUGUCGCGGAGAAAAUCGGCGGUGAUACCGGAUCUGUAAGAUUUUUUAUAAACCGAGGACGAGGAGGAAGGGCGAUUGGGGAAUGAUCUUGGAGGAGGAUAUCGUUGCCGGUGCAUUUCUCGUAAGAGAUACCUUGCGUACUUUACAGUGUAAUUACGAUACAUUUAAUGAGCAUUUUAAUUAAUAUACCGUUGGCAAACGUGCAUUGCAUCGUGGUAUCGUAAUACGCGAGACGCAGGCGCGUAAUGAUGAGAAGAGGAGGAACGGAUUAAAUUCUUGUGUAGAGAAUUUUGUAUCGCGGUUGUGCUUGACGAGGUCUCUCGAGAUACGCAACGAAAACGGGGCGCGUACAUCGUACUCGCCUUUCCCGCAUUAGUUUUACAUUGGAUAUUUUUAUACAGAUGUAUCUCUCUCCGCCUUGAUUAUUCCUCAAUUUGUCGAUCAUCCACUUUGAGCACGCCGACGUUUAAAGUGGAUUCCAAAUUCAUUUUUGUCACUGAAAUCCUUUAAAUUUGAAUCUUUGCGAGUUCCGAAAUACUUUCGGAUCUCCCCCCCCCCCCCGAGGAUUCUCCUGUGGAGUUUCGCACUUCGAAGUCUCGUCAUGGAUUCCAUCUCUGUUCCUCUACCCUGUUUUGAUUGUUUUUGACCUUUUUGAUUUCCUUCUCGCUUAUUUCCAAUGAAAAA